CAAAAGCCUAAACAUGACUGAAGGUGUGCUUAGAGCCCGAAAACAGCUGGAUGCCAAUGUCAACAAUUUCAUGUACAGAAUCAAACUGACAGAACUCAAAAAACAAGAGCUGAAGCAAACAAAAGAAGCUUUAAAGAAAUGGGAAAAUUACAGAGAAGAAAACAAGAACUUUGAACAUGAAGUUGAUGAACCCUACAAGGAACUGGUCAAAAUAAAGUUACCAUGGUGGUACUUAACCACUCAGGCAACCCGUUGCACUGUCUGUGAGGAGAACUGCCAUUAUCCAGGAUGCUGGUGGGUCAGUAAUCUUUCGAAAUGCAGUGUGAUGUCAGAGCAGGGAAAGUGUACAGUCUGUACUAAGAAAUGUCUCCCCACUAAACAUGAGAAAGAUGAUUAUAUAUAUGAGAUUAAAACCAAAAGGGUCAAAAGAACAAAAGAGGAUCUGAAAAAGAAAUAUGAGAAGGAAUUCAGAGAUAAAAAGAAAUUAGAAACCAAAUUAGAAAAUGAGAUAAAAUGGGAAGAGGCAGAGAAGAUCAGACUUGUGGAAGAGUGUUAUCAGUGUUUUGAAAAAUUAAUGGAGACAGCAUUAAAAUCUACAUCCAUGUCCUCUAUCCAACAUCUGGACUUCAUGAUUGAGAAAAUGAAAGAAACUGGGAAACAGGAAAGAGUUCUGAAACUUGAGGAGCUUAAGAGAAGAGCACAGGAGGAAAAUAAAGGAUUGAUUGGUAGAUUAUGUCAUCAGAUAAACGUAUUAUGGAAAGAUUCUGCCUAAAAAAAAAUAAAGAAA